AUGUGGGUCGUUCCUGGAGGCUUAACGCCAUACCUCCAAGCUGGUGACAUUGGUAUCUACAAGGUCUUUAAAGACAAACUAUCAAGCGUUCUUGGCGAAUGGAAGCGCUCUGAUAACGUGGAGUACCCCCCACGUGGUAAUCCGCGCCCACCGUCAGUUGAAACAGUGUGCAACUGGCAACAGUGGGGUCGAGAUGAGAACAGCGAAACGCAGGAUCCGUUCAAUGUGGAUGAACUGGAAGAAGCCCUUGACGACAUCGAAAUUGUUGAGCAAUAA